CUUCUUGGAAGGUCUUCUAAGGGAACGUGGAUAUUUUCGCCCUUGGGAACAAAGCAAGAGUUCAGAGCGCCCUGGGAAGAGGAUGCAAACUGGCAUCCAAUAGCGGUGAAGGGGCGGGAAAAGAGACCGUGAGUGCGGUGGCCAAUCCUGGACAAGCCCGGGAAAUUCAAAAUCUCAAACUGAUAGGCUGACCUCCCCAGCCAAUCAAGAGCGGGGGCUUUUGCUAUAAAUUCUCUGCCCCCCAAGCACUUGCUCGCAUACCGCUGUAGUCUUCGGAGGAGUUGUGUUGUCCUGAGAAAGGUGCAGGAUGGCUCGUACCAAGCAAACUGCCCGCAAGUCCACCGGAGGGAAGGCUCCUCGCAAGCAGCUCGCCACCAAGGCUGCCCGCAAAAGCGCGCCUGCUACUGGGGGCGUCAAGAAGCCUCACCGCUACCGUCCCGGGACCGUUGCCCUGCGGGAGAUCCGCCGCUACCAGAAAUCUACCGAGCUGCUCAUUCGCAAGCUGCCCUUCCAGCGCCUGGUGAGAGAAAUCGCCCAAGAUUUCAAGACCGACCUGCGUUUCCAGAGCUCUGCUGUCAUGGCUUUGCAAGAAGCCAGCGAGGCUUACCUCGUGGGGCUCUUUGAGGACACCAAUCUGUGCGCCAUCCACGCCAAGAGGGUCACCAUCAUGCCCAAAGAUAUCCAGCUGGCUCGUAGGAUCCGAGGAGAGAGAGCUUGA